UCGGCCCCGCUGGAGUUGAGGACGAGGCGGAAUCUGGAGCAUCCUCAGGAAAAAGAAGUCGGAGGGGGUUUUGUUCUGCAGGGCUUGGCCUUCCUGCCAUGGCAACAGUUGUGGCCGAGAAGCUCAGUCAUCUGUUCAUAAAUGUCCAGCACCUCUGGAAGGUCCCACGGCUCCUGGAGAAUGCCCUCCCUGCCUCACCCUGCACCGUGGGGGUGUCGGAUGUGCCCCACCUCUUCCGGAAACCGUACAUCCACACAGGCUACCGCCCUGUCAACCGGACCUGGAGGUACUACUUCCUGUCUCUCUUCCAGCAACACAACGAGGCAGUCAAUGUCUGGACGCACCUGGUGGCCGCCAUGAUCCUGCUGGUGAGGUUCUGGCGGCUCUCCCAAGUGGUGGAUUUCCUUGGCGAUCCGCACACGCAGCCCCUCUUCAUCAUUGCCGUCUCCUCUGUCAUCUACUCAACAUUCAGCACCCUGGCGCAUCUCUUGCAAGCCAAAUCAGAGUUCUGGCACUAUGCCUUCUUCUUCUUGGACUAUGUGGGUGUCGCCACUUACCAAUAUAGCAGUGCCUUAGUACAUUACUACUAUGCCAUUGAGCCAGAGUGGCAUGCCCGGGUAGUGAGCUUCUAUGUGCCAGGAGCGAUCUUGCUAGCUUGGCUCUCCUGUGCUGGGUCCUGCUAUGCCAAAUACAGGUGCCCCCAGCUCUCCUCUCUGCAGGGCCGGCUGUGCCAGGAAAUGCCCUCAGCCAUGGCUUACGCUUUGGACAUCAGCCCAGUGGUUUACCGCAUUUAUGCCUCUUCCCGGCUUGCAGACCCGGCUGUUUUGUAUCACAAGUGCCACGUGCUCUUUUUUCUGAUUGGGGCCUUUUUUUUCGCCUACCCGUACCCUGAGAAAUGGUUUCCCGGCAAGUGCCAUUUUGUUGGGCAAGGGCACCAGAUCUUCCAUGUCUUCUUGCUGCUCUGCACCCUUACCCAGGUGGAGGCAGUGCUUCUGGAUUAUGAGACGAGGCGACCCAUCUAUACUAGGCUGCACAGUGGCCUGGCCCCCGUUUUCUCUGCCCUGUGCCUUCUCGUGGUGGCGUCCUGCAGCUUCACAGCCCUCUACAUGACCACCAAAGUGAAGCGCAAACUGGAUGACAAAGUUGAAUAAAAACAACAACCACCACCACCGUCAUGCAGGGAGCUGAUCUGCCAGUUGCCUCAUUGUCAUCUUCCUGGGCCCGUCCACAUGGUUGUAAUUUGGGGACUGGAUAUUCUCCCUGUGGGAGCGGGUUGAUAUCUUAGUUUCGUGACUCUUACUGGGACCUGAGUAGGAGAAGAGUGGCAAGGAGACUACGCUGGGACAGAGGGGCGUGGGCGGGGCACUCUUGCGUCUGGGUGGCUGGCCCCUCCCUGCUGCAAGGGAACGUUCCUGGGGAGAGCACAUCAUUCCCAUAACCUCCACCAUCCUUCACCCUUCUUUCCUCUGUUCUCCUAAGUGGUGAAAGAGGUGUAGGGAAUAUGGCCGAGGGGUUCAGGGGCGGUCUUGGGGUGCCCUUGAGACAUCCACGGCCUCUGGAGCCGCUGCUGCCCUUGUUCCAUGUAGGCGCUACACGGUGGUAGUUCGGCACGCCUGACCUGUGUGGACUCGAACACGAGAUCUCGGCAGAGAUCCAGAGCAGCUGUGGUGCCUUGACAGCUGUCUUCAAGCUGGGUGUCCCAGAGGGUAAUGUUCCUGUCCCCCACCCCCCUCGGGACCAUUCUUGCACUUCCCAUAGUGUGCUGAAAUGGGUAACUGGCAAUUCAGGAGCUUGCCAUGUGGAUAUGCCUUAAAGGGAAGUUCUCUGUAGCUGUUUGAAUGGGGUGACGCUUCCUCUGGCCGAUAAUAUUUUUAGCAUGAAGGUGACUAGUCUUGUACCAGCAAUUUGGGCAUUUAUUAUGCAAGCAGGGAUUUAAAAAAAAAAAGUGUGGUGGGAAUAUUCAACGGCUGGCUUUCAAAAUAAACAGAGCACUGCCAUGUUGAAUUAGGACAAGUGCCCAUCUAGUUCAGCGUUUUCUCUCACCAGUGAAUGAUUCAUGAAGGUUUCCAGCAGGGUGGGGUGGAGUCAGACCGACCCUUCCUGAGUGUGGGUUGGAUCCUGUGGAUCUGCUAGCGAAGGCGCUUUCCCCUGGCAGAAGGAGUCUUCCCUUGGUGCAAGACACUGGAUCUACAAGACCCAAACCUGUUUCACGCUCUUAAAAAAAAUCUGUUAGUGGCCAUCACCAUACCUUGUGCCAACAAAUCCCUCUUUUUACCAUGCUUCAUGUGAUGAACACCUUCCUUUUUUAUUGUCUUUUAGUGAUGCUUAAAGCAUGUUAAUUUUAUGCUGCUGUUCUUCCAGCUGUCAGCGUGCACUUCACACAAACAAGUCAGUAGAAGCACUCCAGAAUUCCACCUUCAGCAUGUGUUGGAAUGUUUAAAUCCUGGGGAGCCUUUGAAACGUGGGUGGGGCUGGAAUGCAGCAGGUGCCAGGCAUACGUGCCAGGAUGGAGCCUCCACCUUUCCCCCAGACUACAGCUGCUUGAUGUAACUCACCACCACUUCAAAGUGGUAGUGUGAAUCAGCACUUAAUCCUUGUUCCAGAGUUUUGGGGCAGGAUGUCAAUCUGGAUACCAGCAUCCACAUAGGGUGGGUAAGAGUGGUUGGAAAUUGGCUGACCCUUCACCCUAUGACCCCUAAGAGCUUGGUCUGAAGCUUAUUUGAGUCCACCAAACUGAAUUGCAGACAUGUGCUAUAGUGCUUAGGUUCCACCAUUACAAAAUGCAAGCCGGGAAAUCCUGCACUGGAAUACUUCCUGUGCUGGAAGGGGGCAAAGCACAUAGAAAUCUAGGCAUGUGGAAGAGAAAUCAAGGUUAGACUCCUGAUGUUCCAGCUUUCCAUAUGCAGUGAGCUUUUUAUUUCAUGUUCUAGUUAUGUGUUCUUCCAUCUGCAUUAUGAAGUGGUUCAGGCCUACCUCAGAAGGGCUGUAGCAGGGUUUGCAGCAUGAAUGAAAUUUUGGGCAUACUUUAUAUAGUGCAAUUCAGAGUGAUUUGUAAAGAGAAAUUUCGGAGGACACUUCCUAUGCAUAAAGCUAGUUUAGAAAGACAAAUAAGUUUUGUUGGUUUCUUCCCCCCCAUCUGAUG